CAAAUUUCGAGGACUGCAUUCUUCCACUUACGUAACAUCGCCAAAAUCAGACGCAUCGUGUCUCAGGCGGAUGCAGAAAAACUAGUCCACGCAUUUGUGCAGGAACCGAGCUGUACGAGCAGCACCUGAAUGCAGCACGCUGCACCCCGCCCCUCCUCCGUGCCGCUCAGGCGUAAAAAUCACCUCUGUGCUGAAACGAGCAGAGACCAGCAGGACCCAGACCCGGACCAGGAGACCAGCAGGACCCAGACCCGGACCAGGAGACCAGCAGGACCCAGAACCGGAACGUCCUGGACGGACUGAUCCGGAACUCUGUGAUGGGAGAGUCCGCCGAGCAGGAUGGGCAACAAGCAGACCACCUUCACUGACGAGCAGCUCGAGGCCUAUCAGGACUGCACCUUCUUCACGAGGAAAGAAGUCCUGCGGUUACACGGCAGGUAUCGUGAGCUGGCUCCACAUUUAGUGCCGCUGGACUACACCAACAACCCCGACAUCAGAGUUCCUCUGACGCUCAUCGUCACCAUGCCGGAACUCAAGGUUCUGUGUUCUGUGGCUGGACAGGAGAACCCGUUCAGAGACAGAAUCGUAGAGACGUUCUCGGAGGACGGACAGGGGAACCUCACCUUCAACGAUUUUGUGGACAUGUUCUCGGCACUCUGUGAAACUUCACCCAGAGAACUGAAGACCAUCUACGCCUUCAAGAUCUACGACUUUAACAGGGAUAACUUCAUCUGUAAGGAGGACCUGCAGAGGACCCUAAACAAACUGACCAAAGGAGAGCUGACUCCAGAGGAGGUCACGUUGGUGUGUGAUAAAGCCAUCGAGGAGGCCGACCUCGACGGAGACACCAAGCUCUCCUUCGCCGACUUUGAGAACAUGAUCUCCAAGGCUCCCGACUUUCUGAGUAACUUCCAUGUACGAAUAUGAGAACCUGCCGAGGACGGACAUCUCACUUUGAACCUGGUUCCUAAUCCGACUUCACCCUCCAGACUCCACCUGAACCUGGACCUGACUCUGAACCUCAGACCCACCUCGACUCAGUGCCUGUCCUUUGUAUCAGUGGUGAAUCCUGAGACCCGACCCAGAGUCCGAUCUGGACUCACAGAAGCACAGGCAGUUUUUUGCCAUCACCUUCCAGACAGCGUCGAUGCUUCAGAGACUUCAGAAACUUUACUGCAUGAAACUUUCCUCUUUAAUUAGUUUGGAGGCUAACAAGGAGCGACAGACCAAGACGGGGCUAAUUUAAUACCAGGAGAGUCUCUUCUGGACUCGUUCGGACCCUGCAGAGUAAACCGAACCGGGCUUUUCUGACUUCAGUGCUUUGCAGAAAGGCCCGACCCACGGACUCUUUAAAGCACAGUUUAAAGGGCAAACAGUGAAGAGCUAUGCAAUCUCUCCUCAUGAAGUGCAUGUUGUAAACUGCUUCUAGCUGUGUUUGGUUUGUGCGUGCGGUGUCGUGAACGUUCUGGUGCAUAAUGACAAUCAUAGUGAGCUGUAGUUCAGCUGAUGGAAGGGCUCACCUGUAAACUCACCUGUAAACUCUGCUUUGAUAGUGAACACAAAGCUUCAAAUAAAACACUUUUCUGUUG